GGUGGCUGUCCUAUGCGGUCGGUUUCCCAUACUUUCUGUAAAUCCGCAAGAUUCCUUCUCAAGUUUCCCCUCUCCUCUCUAAUUCUUGCUCGCGAAACAAUAAAUCCCUUGGGAAGCCCCAAACCCCUCUUUACCAAAAUAUCCAAAAAAAAAAAACUAAAGAAAACUCGGCUCUCUUCUUCGUUUCAUCCCUAUUACCAGAACUUCCUCCGGCGACAAUGGACGACCAACUGCCGGCGCCGCCGCUGGACCUCGGCGACCUGAGGGCCGUCGCCGUCCUCGGCCGCGGCGCCAAGGGCGUCGUCUUCCUCGUCCGCGCCCCCUCUUCCCCCGAGGCCCUCGCCCUCAAGGCCAUCUCCCGCUCCUCCAUCGAGCACAAGAAUACCGACUCCACCUCCGACGACGCCUAUCGCCGGGUCUGGUUCGAGCGCGACGUCCUCCUGGCCGUCCGCCAUCCCUUACUCCCCUCCCUCCGAGGCGUCGUCUCCACCGACAAGAUCGUCGGGUUCGUCAUCCAGCGCUGCUCCGGCGGCGAUCUCAACUCUCUCCGCCGGCGCCAGACGGAGCAGAUGUUCUCCGACGAUGUCAUCCGGUUCUAUGCGGCGGAGCUGGUGCUCGCCCUGGAGUACUUGCACGAAUUGGGGAUCGUCUAUAGAGAUCUGAAGCCCGAGAACGUUUUGAUCCAAGAAAACGGCCAUCUGAUGCUCAUCGACUUCGACCUCUCCACCAAGCUCCCGGCGAGAUCGCAGGAACAUCUCAAGCUCUCCACCACGGGCGAACAUCCGCCUCCGGCGGCCACCGGAAAAAGGAGGCGGUUCCCGCGCUGGUUCUCCUGCAAUGCCGGCGUGUUGCUGGAGAGCGCCGACUUGCCGGAGGACUCCGCCUCCGCCGGCGACGAGUCCACCUCCGGGUCUUCGGCGUCGGAGAAGUCGAACUCGUUCGUGGGUACGGAGGAGUACGUGGCGCCGGAGAUCAUCAGGGGGGACGGCCACGAUUUCGCCGUCGACUGGUGGAGCCUCGGCAUCCUCCUCUACGAGAUGCUUUACGGCCGGACGCCGUUCCGGGGGCAAAACCGGAAGGAAACGUUCUACCGGAUCCUAACCAUGGAGCCGGAGCUGACGGGAGAGCAAACGCCGUUACGGGAUCUUAUACGCCGUCUCCUCGAGAAGGACCCCGGGAGGAGAAUCUCCUGUGACGGCGUCAAGCGGCACGAAUUUUUCAGGGGGGUAGACUGGGACUCGGUUCUUCGGAUAUCGCGGCCGCCGUUUAUUCCGGCGGCGGUGGAUUGGGAAGAGGAGGGCGCGGAUGGAAAUAGUCCCAUCGACGUGGAGAAGUGGGUACAGGAGGUAUUUGGUAACGGUAACGAUAACGGUAAUAGAACUGCCACCUCCGAAGUCGCGAGGGAGAGAAUCCCGGAUGGGAACAGGGAGGAAGGAUUAAUAGAUCCUUCCAAAACUGAUGAUUUUUCUGUUUUUUAAUUUUUUUUCCUUGAUACUUUACACCACUUUUUUUUCCCCAUCCGACAAAAGCACAGGAAAGAAGAUGCAAUUGUAGAAGAGAAAUAUACGUUCGUUUAUUAUUUCUUGAUGGCAAUUAUUAAUAUAAUAAAUAAUUAUGUACGGAAAAAAUAGAGUUUGUAACACAACAAUAUCAUUUUUUAGUGUUUUUGUUAGUUUUUACUCUUUAUUAUGUAAAUAAUUAUGGUGACAUGCAAAAAAUUAUUAAAUAUAGUUAGUUAUUUUAUAGACUU